GUUACUAAAUCUAUUAGUGAAAACACCUGUAGCUUGUAAAACGAACAUCCCCUCGGUGACAGUGCUGUGUGCCAUGUGGCGGUGGCAAAGUAUUAUUUAUAGAGCAGCUGAAAUGUUUCUGCUGCUAUUUUUCGCACAGCAUACGACAGUUAUGCAGCAGCGGGAGCAGAGCCGCGGCGCGUUACAUGCCAACUGUCUUUCUACGCAGCUAGGCUGGCUUGAACUAGAUGUGUUACAGGUUUCACCCUGCCAGAGCAACAAUGACGUCAAAUGUGAAGCUGAGAAAAGUGGGUGUUCUAGACUAUGACACACAAAUCAAAGAGGUGCGUUGUCAGUUGUUGGACCAGUUGAAGGUGUUGGACCUGCAAUUGGAGCAGAAAUCUCAGCAGCUUCAGGACCUGACAGACUACCUGCGAAGACGCAGUGAGAUAGAAGGGGAGUAUGCACGCUCGCUUGACAAAUUGUCAGAGAGGUUCACCUCCAAAAUCAAAAGGAAGGAUCCCUGUAGUGGCCAGUCUGUGGCCCAGUGUUGGCUGGUGCUCUUGGCUCAGACCAGACAGGAGAGCAGAGACCACAGUGGUCUGAGUGAAAUCUGUAGGACCACCCUAACCGAGCCCCUUACUCACUGUCUGGACAUCACACAGCGCCUGGCCAAGAGGAGUAAAGAUGUCUGUACCCAGUUACAGGAUGGUCUACUGAAAGUCACCACAGAGCUACAGACAGCAUGGAGGACCUACUACCAGUACCAUUCAGAUUAUGUGUCUGCAGAGGGAAAGCUGAAGGAAGCAGAGAAACAGAAACAAGGCGCUUCUAAGAAGAUAGAGAAAAGACAGUGUAAAGUGCAGGAGAUUCAGCUGAAGUGCACCAAGGCUCGAAACGACUACCUCCUCAACCUAGCUGCAGCCAACGCUUCCAUGAACAAGUACUAUCUCCAGGACAUCUCAUCACUCAUAGAUUGUUCAGAUGUGGGCUACCACCUGUCUCUGUCCCGUGUGCUGUUGGCCUACCUGUCCAGCCGGUCCUGGGAUCAGCAGAACUUGAGUGUAGGGCUGCAGCAGCUCCAAAGUGCUGUGUCUGGACUGGACCAGAGUCAGGACAGAGACAACCUGCUACAGACACACACCAACACCUUCUGUCUGCCCCUCCGCUUCCACUUCCAGCCACACGACGGAGACCAGGUGUUAGAGGUGAGUGCAGAGCAGGAGAUUAGGGGUGAGAUGGAGACCAGGUUCCAACAGCUACAAUCUAAACUCACCGGGUUCACCCAGGAAACGGAGGAGGCAGAUAAGACUCUACGGGCGGCCCGCGUUACCCUGCUGGAAGGUAUCAGCGAUGAUGACCUAGAUCCUCCACCCUCCAGCAGCCAGACCCAGGGCUCCCAGGUCCAUCUUCAGUCCCCGUCUCAGAGCCAAGGUCAGGGGGGAAGCAAUGAAAGCCUGGCCAGCAGCAGUGGCAGACCUAGUCUGGCCAGACGCAGAGCCAACCUGCAGGAGACUGAGAUCCUCUACUGUACUAAAGUGAAAGAGUACCUCUGUAAAAGCUCUCUGGUGUCCAAACUACAGGCUAAACAUGAUCUGCUUAAAGUGGCUGUAGAGAAAGCUGAAGCAACCAAUGGUCAUCAAGCCAGGUCGAGUUACAUUCCUCUUGGGAAUUCCAGGAAGUCUGUUCGUGCGAGGAUGGAGGGUCAACCUAUAAUCCAGUUCACCCACAAACUCUUCACUGGAGACAUGCUCUCGUUCAUAAAGGCAUCGGGCCAAGAGAUCCCAGUGGUUGUGGAAAGCUGCAUUCGCUUCAUCAACCUCAAUGGUCUCCACCAUGAGGGUAUCUUCAGAGUACCAGGGUCUCAGGCUGAGGUCAACAGUCUGAGAGAUGCGUUUGAGAGAGGAGAGGACCCCCUGGCAGACAGCAGGUGUGACAUGGACUUAGUUGCAGGAGUACUGAAGCUAUACUUCAGAACCCUGGAGAACCCUCUCUUUCCUCAGGACAGCACCAGUCAGCUCUUGGAGUACGCUGAGAUUGAUAACGAGACAGAGAGAGCAGCUCAACUCAAAUCGGUCAUCUCCUCCUAUCCUCCACCUGUAAUCAUCGUCAUGAGAUACCUCUUUGCAUUCCUCCAUCAUGUAUCCCAGUACAGCGAUGAGAACAUGAUGCAGCCCUAUAACUUAGCCGUGUGCUUCGGCCCCAGUCUGGUGCGAGGGUUGCAGGAUGAGGAUGUUGUUACUCUGCAGCCUCAGAUCAACUCUCUGGUGAAGGGCCUCAUUUUGCAGCACGAGAGCAUCUUCCCCAGCCCGGCCGAGCUACAGGGACCGGUGUAUGAGAAAUGCAUGACGCUGGAGCAAGAUGACUGUGAGGAGGGAGAAGGGGAUUCAGAAAUCCUCAGUAAAGAGUCCGAGUCAAAGGGAGAGCGAUCUCGAUCCAAUAGCAGCUGCAGUUCCAGACCAUCCCCAGCAGGAGGGAGUGUGUCCCUUGGAGAAAACUUCACCAUACAGAUCCCCAUGGCAUGCCCUGCCUUACACGGCAGGCCCCGCUCCCCCCGCUACAUACGCAAAGAAGCCCAGGGCCUGUCAUCCAGUGAAGAUAUAACAGUUCAGGUUGACAAGGAGGUCUGCCGCCAGAUGAGCUCUGUCUUCAAGGAGCUUAUCGCUCGACAAUCAUUCCAUCCUCCAUCCUCCUCCACCCCCCCGGUCACCUCGUCCCGCUCUUCCCAACCUCCUCCAGAGCAGAAGAAAGGAGGGGUCGGGCGCAGAAGGGAAAGACCUAUUUAGAACUGACCAACUGGACUGGUAAAAAGAGAGAGGGGACCAUAAUGAAUUAAUGGCUCGAUGGAUGGAUGAAUAAAUGAAUGAGAGGGAAUGAAAGGAAGGAGAGAGACUAAAUAGUCAAGAGACUUAGACAAGAUGACACAGUGUAGGAUGACAGGUUGUGACAGCAGCCUUUGACAGUGGGAUUACAGAUGGCUGGGUUACAGGAACCGCAGUCAGUUCACUGUACUGUAUGAGUCUGCUCAGACAGCAGCCUUCAUUGUGAAGCCUGUGAAUGGACAGUCACAGACAAAAGGGUUUGACUCCUACUGUGAAGCCUUUUGUUAGUGUGUUUGAUACAACACACCCCAAUGACCCCCACUCUGAUUUUCACUGUAGGGCUGUGUCCCCAUUCUCCACACUUUUCCCAAAGUGUGCACUUAUACAGUCCCCGCCAUGGAUUUGAAAAGCAUUGGAUUGUAAGCUUUAAGGGGAUUCUUGCUAUUGCAAGUGGACAGACAGGUUUUGAUUCCCACUGUGAAGCCUUUUUUUUGGUUAGCCUGAUCCCAGAUCUGUAUGUGGGACCAGGCUGUGUUUGAUAGAACCCCAGUGACACACUCCAGUGACCCCACUGACUUUCAAUGGUACACAGUCAAUGGCAGAUUUUGAAUUGGUAUAUCAUAACUUAUUUUACCCACAAUGACUUGGAAUGUACACUAUUAUCAGUGUUGUUUUGUAUUCUAUGCUCUUGUGGUUAUGGGCCUAUGGAGGCCCUCUAUGCCCAAUGUGUGCAAUGCCAACACCAAGACAAGCGCUCACUAUCUGAUUUGGUCAGUUCACGGUUCAUGUUUGGGUAGGCCUAUAAUUAUGAACAUUCAACGGCCAUACGGUCUUUAUCAUAGAGAUCCUAUAAGACAUUUGUUCUAUCAACUUUUAUCAGAUGAAAUGUCAAUUUUUAACCUGUACCAGCAAGAUCUCCUGUCUGUGAUUGAGUCAUUGAGCUACUGAUAACGAUGAACUUUUAAAUGUUGUAUUGCUAUUUUUAUAUUGUUUUCUGGAUCUGAUGAUUGUUUGAAUAAAUGUUUAUGUUGUA